GAACAAAAAAGAAGUAAAAAGGGGAAGGGGUACCCGAAGAAAGAGAAAGAAUAGUGAAGAACCUCCGACGGAUACUCCAUCUUCUUCUUCUUAUUGGAUCAAAGAUUAUCAAAGCUGUUUAAAAGCAUUUUGCGUUUGCAUAUAGAUGGAGGAACAAUCGUUCUUUGACAAAAUGAUGAUUAAUCUCCGUUCCACCUGCAAGUAUUAUACUGGAUAUCCUAAGGAUCUUGGGCCAUCGACGGUUAUCCAUUUCACUUCAGAGCGUGAAUUUAUUCAUGUGUUACAUCAAGGUCACCCCGUGAUUGUCGCAUUCACCAUCAAGAGUAACUAUACCAAACAUCUUGAUAAAGUAUUGGAGGAAGCCGCCGCUGAAUUUUAUCCUCAAAUUAAAUUUAUGCGCGUUGAGUGCCCAAAAUAUAUCGGAUUCUGUAUGACACGACAAAAAAAGGAUUAUCCAUUUAUAGAAAUGUUUCACAGCCCUGAACAAACAAAUAAUCAAGGAAGGGCGGGUGAUCCAAAUGUGAUAAAAUACGCUGUGAAAGUUUUACCUUAUAACUAUGAUGUCAGCGCGUACGGGUUUAGAGAGUUCUUUAAACGCCACAACAUACAAUCGUCCAGUAACAAGUAAAUUGACAGGCGCUCCAGUUGGUAUUCUGGGAUCUUUACCAUAUGCAUAAGUACACAGAGUAGAAAUACUUCACUAGCUCUCAUAAAUUGACUUUUGGAUUGGUCAAAAGGUUUGUAGAAGUCCAGUAAAAGUCUUGUUUCGGGUCAACAGCCAAUUGGUGCAGGUCGGGUUUUAGAUUCGUGUUUGCUGAGUAUGUCGGAUGGUUCAGAAAGUUUGUAGUUUGGACCCAUACAUUAUUACUCUUUAUGUUUCAUUCACAACGCUUGUUGAUGGUGGUCUCUCCCACUUUCGCACCGUCGUUCUUCAGUGCAAUGUCACAUUGAAGAAGAAGAAUACAUGUUAGCUCCACAAUAUAACUUUUUGUGAUGUGCAUAUGUUUGAAAAUCAGA